CACACACACACACACACACGCACACACACACACACACACACACGCAGCCUCCCCUCUCUGUUACCGAACAUCAGCGUCGUGUGGACCCCCUGCCUCCCUCCCUCCCCUUCUCGCCCUGCCGCGAGAGCGACGCACGUAUCCGUUCAUAACCUCCGCCAUUAUUCAUCACCCCUCCUCCCCCGCCCCUCUCCUCCCGUGGUGCUGUUUUUUUUCUCGCUUUCCUUUCCUCGAGCUCCUCGCCUCUCUUCCUCCUCCCCUGCAGGGUCUCCACAGAGCCGCUUCCCUUCUCCUCGGCCGGGCUAAUUUAACGCCUCGCCCUCCCUCCUUCUCCCCGCCUCGCGCUCGCUUGUGCCAAGCCCAGACCAAAACACAGUGACCUCACAGAGCUAACUGCUACCUGAGCAAACGUGUUCAUAUGCGUGUUUGUGUGUGCGUGUGUGAGAGGUCAUGUCGGGAAUGACGAGCGGCGUGUGUGUAGAGAGUGACCUCUCCUCGAUGCUGCAGAGAAGCUCUGCCCCCUCUCACCAUCACCCAAAUCACCAUGGUUACGGCGGUCAGGGACAGGUGUCGGGCCUAGCGCCGAUGCUCGACUACACCACUGAGAUGGACCGGUACCGCUCAUCCAUCGCCACCUUCUACAAGACUAACGUCAACAUGAACAUGAACGUGACAAACUUCCCACAAUCAGCCAAACUGGCGGCUCGUCUGGCGGCCGCCGCUCCUAUCUUUCCCCCCACCGCUGCCAGGCUGGGUGCCAUGGCGACAGCCCCAUGGGGUUGCCAUGAUAACAUGAACAUGAACAUGAACCACCCGGCGGCCAUGUUCUGGGGCAGGCCCAAACCUGUAGCUACAGCGCCAACGCACCACCACCACCAUCCCUCGGCGACGCCAGGUCACAUGACCUCUUCGCACCCCCACAGCAGCAGCAUGCACCAGAGCAGUGGGGGGUCUGGAGGGGGAGGAACCGGUGGUGGAAGUGAAGGGGGAGGAGCUGAGAAACAUGGACACACUGCGUCACUUCCUGUUAGCCAGGGAACAGCACACCAUCACCCCAUAGCGCCUAGCAACGGGAACUUUCUCCCCGGUUACAGCGGCGGGGCAGACUGUGGCGUUAUGAACAAGCAGGGACACGCCCACCCGGACAUGAUGGGCCUAUCAGAGGGCGGCAACUGCAAUGGGGGAGGAGUAAUGAGUGGUGGCUUCCUGGGGGGGCUGGGAUUACCCCCCGGGGUCAUCGUCAUGGCAAUGGGAUCCGCAGGUGGCGGGAUUUCAGAUGCCAGCAGCGCUUUUCAGAUGACGAGCGGCCAGCGGGCGCUAACGGACUGCCAGCAGCACACCAACUCCUCCCCAUGCCCCUCCUCUUCCUCCCCUUCAUCAUCAGGGGUGACAGCGGGGGGUGUCUCCCUCUCCUCGUCAUCUUCAUCAUCGUCAGGGACAGUGGCGAAGAGGAAGCGGAAGCGGUGUGGCGUAUGCGGGCCGUGCAGACGACUGAUCAACUGCGGCGUCUGCUCGUCCUGCCGCAACAGGAAGACGGGUCACCAGAUCUGCAAGUUCAGGAAGUGUGAGGAGCUGAAGAAGAAGCCGGGAGGAGGAGGUGGGGUGCUGGAGCGGCCGCCCUCCGUCCCAGCCGGUGAGGCGUUUCGCUGGUUCUUCUAGCCUUUCCUUCACCAGUGGAGUCACCAACACAGACACACCUGGACUGAAUGAAAUUCAGCCAGAGGACUUUGGCGUCUCGGACUGAACCAGAGCAGGACUUUGUGCGGAUAGCCCAGAAAUCCUGCAUCGACUGGAUGGAGGAAGAGGAGGAAGAAUCACAGGAAGUAGGAAGGCUUCAUCAGAAAGGUUUAAUGCUUUGUCAAAGGGGAUUUAAAGGUAAAAUAUGAUGCAGUUGUCAAAUUGACUCCCCACAUGAAUGGUCUUCUGCUCACCAGCUAUUAAUGCCCACCGUCCCUUCAAAUCAGCUGCAAGUCAUCUUGACACCUCAAUGGUCCUUUAUUCACUUUAUAUUUGGGUUUUUCCAAUCCGGUCAUGAAAUGACAAAUUUGUGCCUCUGCAUGACCAAAGGCAUCUGUUGCCUUUGGUCAUGCAGUGGCAAAAGGCAUUGAGUCACCAGAUAUAUUUCUAGUGCUUCAGUGCCUGAAACACUAGAAAUAUAUCUUAUCUAAUUUGCAAAAGUGGAUUUGCUCCAUCUUUGCAAUCCUAGUGAGAUAUGUUUAUAUGGGUCUAUUAAACACUGCAGUGAUUUAUCAGCAUUAAACCAGAAUUAAUGACCCUUGGGACAACUUAACCGUCUCUGGGUUCAUGACUUACUGGUCUAGUUUUCAGGCCGAAUAUCAGUUUUUCACCAUGGGAUCGAUCCUUGGAGCAGCUGGAAGUCUUACUGGGAACCAGAUUACAGGAUUGCCUGAGUGGGACCAUAAGUUAUCGUUUGUUAACCCUUUAGGCUCGUCAGUGUUAUGUUUUUGUCCCAGUUACGUCGUAAACAUUGCUAAAUUCAGAGGUUGUCGAUGCUCAAAGUGUCAGGCAGAGGUUUGCUCAGCAUCUCUACGUAUUGGGGAAGAUUUUAUUAAAGGUCUUGGAUCUAAACCAAGACCAAGAACACUCAGGGGAUCAGAAAGGACUCUGACUAAACCAUUCAGUACAUUUCUAGUUGGUAGAGACGUAGAUGCUUCUGGAAGUACAAGAAGAGACUUUAAACUGUUGCUUUAUUCGGUUUGACAGAGGGAGGAUGGAAAAUCUUCAUCCUGUUUGAGAAAACCAGACUAAUCUGUCUUAUCUUUCAAAUUACAACUCUGGAGUCUGAUGCUUUGAUUGAUUAAACUUAGAAGUGACUAAAAAGUCCAGAUAAAAAACCCAGUAUCAAACUUUUCAGCAACACAAGAGCAUUAACCAUUUCCUCACAGACCUGCAACCUUUUCCAUCCGUGGGAGAAAAAGCCUUCCUCCUCUUCUUCCUCAUCCACCCAACCUAACCACUAAUCCCAUUGUAGCAAAACCCAGGAAGAUUCAGGACUCAGCCGCAGAGACUCCUUCAGUUUGACCAAAACCGGCUGACAAGCUGACCUCACAGAGGAUUCACAAACUGACCUCAGCAGGAAGUGAUCCAAGACUGUUAAUAUGGACUACAAGUUCCCCUCAGUAGGACUACAAUAACCACAUCACUGUUACCAUCUCUUCUGUCUACCUCCUCCUUAAGGACUUUAAACGGCACCUUGGUUGACUUUUUCUGGGCGGCGUUUCUGCUGCUACAUCAGGAGCUGCUUCUUAACUGUCUUGGUGGCCCAGAAGUUAUUUGGUUCAUUUGAAUCUGGAAAAUUAAAGAGUUGUGAUAAUUUAUUGGGUUUGUGUCGAUGGAAGGCUCCUAAAGGUCCAGUCGGUUUUAUAAGGCUGAAGGAACCAUUUUACUGCUUUCUGGUUCCUCUAAUUGAAGGUUUUGAUGUUUUACCGCCACUAAUUCAGCUUGUUGGGCCCAACAGAGAGAGUUCAGAACCAGCUCCUGUUUUCCCGUAUCAGCUGAACAUUGAACCAUGUGGUGGACCAACAGAAGCGCGAAUGCAGCGUGGGAAUUCGCAGCGACGCUCUGGGUCCCCCGAGCAGAACUCUGGGACCUCCGGGAACCGAGCGGAAAGAGAUCGGAUCAUUCCACACUGCAACUGUGUCAUUUCCCGUUUGUCGUUUGACAACACGCUCAGUGAUUCCUUGUACACACCGAGACAUUCUCAUUAAAAUUUUAUCUUGAAAGCUCA